ACUUUACUUAAUAAUUGCAAGCAUGGACAUUCAGAAGAAAAAUAUGAAGUCACCUUCGAAGGAUUCAUCUGAUUCCCCUGAUGAAAAGCGCAAGUCCUUAGAAAUCGUGCCCCUAUUAAAACCAGUUACCUUCAGUAUUUCAUACAGUUUUGGAUUGAAUUGGUAUUUGAUCAACAUGGAAGACUACAUUCCUCGGAGAAAGAGGAGGUACUUCAUCAACCUAUCGCUCUUCACCGAUCAACUGCAUACUUUCAUCCAGAGCACUCUGCUCCUCCUAAAGCGCCCAAAAUGGAGCACCAUCUUUCUGGCCACAACACCUCAUAGCUUCACGUACUAUCAAGCCCACUUCCCGAUGAAACCCAUCCUGACAUUCUCACCCAUGAUCAAGUCGACUUCGAAACUGGAAUCUUGGAAGAUUAAGGUAAAAGCCGGACAUCCGCCCAUGAUAAACAAUUCUAGGCCAUCAAGGUCAAGUUCAGUAGCAAGUCGGUCUCGCAAAUAAAUUAAC